CGUCCGUCCUUGUCCGCUUUACCUUUCCCCAGGUAGCGGAGAGCAGCCCGCCGCCGCGACCCGGCGUCUGAGGCUCGAGCCUCGAGGCAGUCCGGCCGGUUCUCGCCGGCCGUCGCCCCCUUCGCCCCUGGAGCCGGCCAGCCGCCCGCGGCCUCGGCGGGACGAUGCUGGAGUCCAUUCGCGUGACGGAAAAGCUUCACUGGCCUGAGCAAGAACUUGCUAAGAAGUCUGUUCUAAAUGCAGAAGAGUCAUUGAUCACUGACAGCAAAAGAAGCAUUUCACAUUUAUCUACUGGAAUACUAAAGGACAUUUUCACAACUGGAACCAGUAGUUACAAUGUUCUACUACAGAGCAAAGAGGAGAAAAAGCAUCAUUCACAAAAACAGUCUUCCUCCACCUACUCCAAAAGAUGUAGAAAGCCCAGCAAAUCUCCUAGUUCUUCUCGUAGUAAAGAUCUUCGCAAGAUGAAGGCCCCAGUGCCUGUGAUGAGCAGUGGUACCUGGUACUGCCUAGAAAGGCAGCCUGGUGUUUUUGUCAGUAGUUCAGUGUCGAGUCCUAUAAAGUUUACACAUGAUAUCUCUGUUACAGGGAACAGCAUAGUACUGCCACCUAAGCCCAAAAACAAGGUAAAGCGACGCCAUUUCUCCACUCUGCCAAAGGCAAAGCCACAGCCUCAGUUGUCUAGAAGUUUUGAAAAAGGAGAUGACUUUUCUGGGAAGAAAUUUUGUAUACUGACUGCUAUAAAGCCCACCAACUUAGAGAAAGAAAAACUGAGAUUUUUCAAGUCUGACUAUACCUACAAUCCUCAGUUUGAAUAUGCAAACCCAUCUCUGCCAAGCGUGUUGGCCAAACACAGCAAUGCAUCUGACCGAUUUCUUAAACAGUCCAUCAAUAUUAUGGAACUGACUUUACAGAAAUAUGGAAGUUAUGAAAAAUUUGAGCAGGCCACCGGUGGCAGCCUGCUAUCUAAAACUCGAAUCUGGAGUCACGUUAGGAAGUACAUGAUGAAAGAAGGCUGCAUGGGCGAGAUUGUGGUUCAUCUCACUGAAGACCUGCUUUCCCGAGCUUCAAUGACAGUGGUAAAUGGAUGUCCAACGCUGACCAUCAAUGUUUCCACUGCACGUGAGCACUGGCUGGAGGGCAUGCUGAGGCAUGAAAUAGGCACACAUUAUUUUCGAGGUAUUAACAACCUUCAGCAGCCAUGGAAUAGUUGGACUGGUCGUAAAAAACAUGAACUAAAGCCAAACAAUCCCACAGAGGAAGGACUGGCAAGUAUUCACAGUGUCCUUUUUAGAAAAGACCCCUUUUUAUGGAGGGCUGCCCUACUCUACUACACAGUUUAUCGAGCCAGCCAAAUGUCUUUUUGUGAACUCUUCAAAGAUAUUGGAAAAUUUGUCAAGGACCCCAAUACAAGAUGGGAUUAUUGUGUACGAGCGAAGAGGGGAUGGACUGAUACUUCUCAACCAGGGUGCUUCAGUAAAGACCAGGUGUACUUGGAUGGCAUCCUGCAAAUCCUCCGCUACAGGGAGACCAUUGACUUUCAUCUGCUGACUGCUUUGGGGAAGGUCUCUUACGAAGAUGUAGAUCGCUUAAAAGGAUUGGCAGUUAUUGAAAACAUGAGAGUCCCUCAUUUCCUGCAGGACCAUGGCCGAUACAUGGAACAUUUAGAGAAGAUCAUGGAAGUGAAUGAACUGACUGACAGGGAACUGAAAGAUCUUAUAUAUUAAUCAGCAUUCUUGCAGACAUAGCAAAGCUAUACCUCUAUGUAUAUUACCAGUUAGGUGCAGUUAGCACCAGCAUAUUUAUAAAAGAUGAAUGACUGUUUACAUGAGUUUUCUGAAGAAUGAUCUACAAUAUUCAGCCGAAUUUUUAAAAGGUUAAAUACAACCUUAAACUGUUUCCCUAAGAUGUUUCUAUAGGCUGCAGAGGAAAGUCCUCCUGUUUUCAUCUGAAUCUUAACAGAGUCCGAUAAAAAUACUACCGGUGUUUUUUAAGAAUCUUGGUCAAACUGAGUAAUGAGCAUCUGCCUGAGCAGUAAGCACUGCUCCUUAAUGCUUUUGCCUGAGCACCGAGACCAGCCCUGGCUAGAGACUGAAUUCCAGUCCUGUUUUAACUACAAGAUUAUAUUUUACUUGAUAAAUAAUGGUAAUUCUUUGAGAAAUUCGUUUUGUUAUGCUCCCACAAGCUAGCUGUAUCUAAUAUUUCUCUUAUAUGUUAGAUAAUAUUAAAGAGAGGGGGAAAAGCAGUUUGAAAAGUUUUCAUUAGUUCUUUAUUUUACACAUUGUUUGACCUUAUCAGUUUAUAGGAACUACAUCAGAGAAUUCCCUCACUUGCCUGGUUAUUCGCUAACUAUAUUUGCUGAAACAAACUGUAUCCCUUCAAGAUUUUAAAUAAGUUUUAGGGUCUUUCCCUCCCCAUUCCUUUAUAUAACUGAUAAGUACAAGUGGUGUUGUCUACAUAGACUAAAAUAGUUGGUAAGAGAGAAGCUACUCACCUUUGUAUUAAAUGGGGCGACCAGCAAGACACAGGGACUAAUGUAGUUUCUGUAGGAGCUGGAUGUUGACUAGGUAGCACCUGCCGUAAACCUGACCAUGCCCUGAAAAAUGGAAUUCCUGGACAUUGUCAUUUGAUAAACUGGUCUUGUGACAUUGGCUUAGUAUAUUUUAUCAAAAUCUGAUUUUAUCAAGCCAAUAAUGAUAGUUUGACUUUCAAAAAUGAGAAUUCUAUUUUGCUGUAUUUCCUCUGCUAAAAGCGUAUACACCUAGCUUUGAAUAAUUGAUUUCGAUACAUACUUGGGUAUAUAUACUUGGAAUCAAAUAAUUCUUCAAACAACUUAUUUUAAUGAUCAGGAAGAAUACUGCUGUAAAUACCCCAAUCAGAAUUGCUUCUGUAGUUUUUACCCAAAGCUAUCUGAGAGUUUAUCUUUACCUCAUUUCAGGCUUAAACAUGGUGCUAACACUGGUAGAUGUAUACUGUAAAGCCUGGUCCACAUUCCUGUUAGGAAAUUAUCUUGGAAAAUCUCAUGCAUGCUAGGUUAUGUGAUUUUCUCAUUCACAUAUCCGGAAGGGCUUGCCUCAGAGAAGACUGUUGCAGCAAACAGGAUGUAUUCCACCUGGCACCUUACAGGGCCACACCUGUGCCAUGACGGCUGCAGUGGGGCCUGCACUGGAGUGGGGCAGACACUGUGCCAACACCGACCAGAUACUGGAAAACCACUCGACCCCUCGAGCAUAUUUCCUUGUAGCAUAGUCCUCCUGUUUCAGCUUUGGUGUAGCAGUUUCUAACUUCGUCUUCAAACUUAUCAAAGGUGAUUGUGAAAACUGUGUAUUAUUGAAGUAUAGACAAAUGGCAAUAUUUAUGUCCUGUGAUUGAAGCCCAAAUGCUUAUAAAUUCAAUAUUUGUAGGCAAUAACUGCUAAUCUUAUGUUACAGUUUAAAUGUCAAGGAAAAUCACAACAGCCUUAAUAUCUUGUUGGUCAAAGGAUUAUUUACAGUGAUUCUAGUCCCUGAAUUUAAAAUAGAUAUUCUCUAUCUGAUUUGGAAAAGGAAACACUUUCUUGCCUUACUGCUUUGGUAUAAAGACAAAAACAAACAAAUAGUGCUAUCCAGACAGAAAAAUGACCUUAAAUCACAUUGAUUGUCUUAAGAUAUUUUAAAAGUUAGCCAUGAACCAAAAAUAGUUUUAGAUUAGCAGAAUACUUAAAGAGCUCUAAGCUUUAAAAGUUGGGAUUGAAGAUUUAAUUGUUUAUUCUCUUUCCUGAAAUAGCACUGAGGUCCCUUUUGCUCCCUAAAGUUUUAAUAAAUAGAAAAUUUAUAGCAGCAGUACUUAGGAGAAUAGUUGAAAGUUGCAUUAAUUUUAAUAGUCAUUUGCUGUAGGCUAUUGAGGAUUAGAAUUUCAUCAGUUUUGUCCACUGCAAUUCUAACAUAUAAUUGCAUCAAAUACAGUUAGGUUUUCACAUCAGAUGGGGUAAAUUGUUUAUAUAUAUAAAUCCAUAGUCUCCAUUUCU